AUGGACUUCUGGGAGCUGCAUCGACGCUUGGGCGAGCUGCACCAAGCGGAGCUGGAUGCAGUACGUCUCAAAGUCACCGACAGUCCGCAGGCAGACGCAGACCUCUCCUUAGAUGCAGAGGACCCACUUCCGCUCGCUAUCGGCCUGAGGCAGGAGGAGUCCACCGCGACCUCCCGAAACAGCAGCAAAGUCCGCUUCGCGCACGAAGCCACCGUCCGGCCGCCCUCGGGGCCGCCCCCCUCGCCUCCCUUGCAUCCGUGCAGCCUGGAAGGUGCAGAUGUGUCCGAGGAUUCGCCGUGGAAAAAGAAGCUGCGGAGUGAGGUCAUGAUGCAUCAGAACAGCAAUGGACAGCUGCACUUCGCCCUUCGAUCUCUGUGGAUUGAAAGCAAGGACGAUGAGUCACCACGUUUGCAGAAGAGAGUCAGUUGCACAUUGCCUUCAAUGACCGACGAGAAGGUUUUGGCAGAGGUAGAGGAGUACUCAGAGAGCCAGUCGCUUCUUUGGAUGCUUCAGCAUCCGGCAGCCCGAUUCCGAAUGUGCUGGGUAGCUCUAGGCUUGCUGAUGCUGGCCCACGAUGUGGUGACGAUUCCCUUGCGCGUCUUUGGCAUCGAAGAGUCGAUCGCCAUGCGUGUCAUCUCGUGGAUUGUCAGGGUGUACUGGAGCUUGGACAUCUUCUUGUCCUUCUUCGUGGGUUUCUAUGAUUCGGGCCGCUUGGUGGUGAAGCUGGAACGAACGGUGAAGCACUACCUGACCAGUUGGUUUCUGCUGGACAUCACCGUUGUCUGCCUGGAUUGGGUCUUCCUCAUCCUCGAGAGCGUGGGCGAUGGUGUGGAUGGGGUGCCACGCUUGUCCAAGACGGUGAGGAUCUUCCGCCUGGCACGCCUGGCACGGCUGGGACGUUUGCUGAAAGUGCGCAGCCUCACCUCGGCCAUCGAGGAGUAUUUCAGCUCGGAGACAGCAUCCAUCUACUACAGCAUGAUUAAGAUCAGUCUUUGGUUGCUUGUCAUGAAUCAUGUGAUCGCUUGCAUUUGGUUUGGCAUGACGAGUGUGGAAGACGAGCAAAAUUGGGUUUUGGCAAAUCAGCUGGAUGGGAGGUCCGGACUCUAUCAAUAUGCAACAUCUCUUCAUUGGUCCAUUGCCCAGUUGGGUGUGGGUCAAACCGAGAUCGAAGCAGUCUCAUUGAUGGAACGCACGUUCUCCAUUUGCGUGAUGUUGGGAGCUUUGCUCAGCUUCUCAACGCUCGUGAGCUCCAUGACAUCAUUGAUGCAGCGCUUGGAUCAUCUGAAGACCGACGAGGUGGCCCAGUUCAAAAGUUUGCGGCGCUUCCUGACAGAGAACAACAUCAGUGAGGAACUUUGUCAGCGGGUGACGCGUUUUCUGCAGUAUAGCUUUGAACAGAAGAGGAGUGUGCAGGCUGCAGAUCAGAACCCUCCGUUGCUGGAGAUGCUCUCAAAGCCUUUGCAGCGCGAGCUUCAGCUGGAGAGACACCGGGAGUGCCUAUUGCAGAGUGCGUUUUUCAGCAGCAUGUUGCAUAGUGACUUCAAUGCCAUUGAUGUUCUGCGCGACUUGGCGGUCUCGGCGCUGUGCCACGCCGUGGUGGCGAAGGGCGACGUGGUCUUUGCCGCUGGCUCCGUGGCCACUUCAUGCUACUUUCUGGCGCAAGGAGACUUCAGCUAUGGUCGAGUCGGCUAUCCCACUGAGAGGCCUGGCAGGACGUGGAUUGCUGAGAUAUGCCUAUGGACCCCAUGGCUCCACGUUGGAGACCUCGUGUCACGAGAGACAAGUCGGUUGAUCUCGCUGGAACUGGACGCCUUCUGCAACUGCCUGGGCAAAACGCCGGAGAUGCGGGAAAUGGCCCGGGCGCAUGGGGAGGAAUAUGUGGCGAAGGUGAACGCCUUGGAAGAGGCAGAACUCUCAGAUUUAUGGGAUGAGGAGGCCAAAGGUGCCGAAUUUGAGCCCAUUUCCGGCGCCUUUGAGCAAGCAGGCCGAGAACUCACCCCAAGGACGGGCUUUCGACAGCAUUGGGGCAAGAUCACCAGCCUGUGA